GUUUUUAGGAUAUUUAUUUUUAAUAUUUGUUUUGUUUAAGAAACUUAAGAAUAUAUGAAUUUUUCGUAUCAAAUUGAAACGAAUAACAAAUCGAAUCAAAAUAAAAUGUUCACCCCUACUUGAAAACUGAUUGGUACAAGGAAGAAACGUGCUGCUCCGUAAUUGGUCUGACUUAAAUUAUCUUUAGCUAAUAGUCAACAAUUACAUUCCUUUAAAAAAAUUACAUUCCUUUAAAAAGAAAUUACAUUCAUUUAAAAAGAAAUUAUAUUCCUUUUUUUCCCUCAAACACACUUAGCAGUAAAUGACACUUGUAAAAAACUUUAACUGUGAUGAUGACAAAAACAUAUAUUUUCAUCUUGACCAAUACAAGAUUCCUAACUAGUCUCUUUUGUCUUUUUUCUAUGAUGACAAAAACAUAUAUUUUCAUCAUCACCAACACAAGAUUCCUAACUAGUCUCUUUUGUCUUUUUUUUCCUAUCUUUUCGGAAAUGAACAGAAACCGUAAAUAUAAAUACCUAGCUCGUGCAAGUAUCAUGCAACAAAAGCAUUUUCGAAAGCCAUAAACUAUUUGAGGUGUAAUCUCCUCUUCCUAGCUCUGGUAUAUUGUUUUCAUUUUCGAUUGCCGCCUCUGACGAACUGAAAGAGAUGGCAGAAUCUGAUCCUAAGCAUCUCAAAAUAACCUUGUCGAACCGGGAAUCAGCUGCACGUUCAAAGGCGAAGAAGGCGCUGCACGAGUCCGAGUUGGAAGACAAAGUCGAGACACUUGAGACUCAGAUUGAUAUAUUGACUGCCGAGCUCAAGCUUGAGAAGAGAGGAAGAAUGACGGCGGAUGACGAGUGCGUGCAAUUUAGGAUUCGUCUUCAUGCAGGGGAGGCGCAUGCACGACUUCGUGAAGACUUGAUCGAACAAUUGAAUGGAGAAGUUCGUCGGCUAAUAGAAGAGGCGAGUGUGCAGAGAGAAGAGAUGAGUAGGCUAAGAGAAGAGGUGAGCGAAUACCGGAGGAGGGAAAGUGAGAGAAUGAACGCAAACAUGUUGGAUCAACUCAACAUCAACCAGCAGUUUCAAGAGAAGCCGCAGCAGACAAAUUAUAAUUUCGAAUGAAGAAUUGCAUCAUGAUGAUCAUGGAUCCAAGGAAGUGGCAGCUUUGGUAUCCAGGAUUGAUUGAAGUAGUAUAAAUAUAUAUAUAGUUUAAAAAUAAAAGUUGUUUGAGUUUAUAUAUUAUAUGUGCAAGAGAGUCAUGCUAAGAUAUAAAAAAGAAUCAAUCCGAACUUCGGAAGGAUUUGAAAAGAAAUUCAGACAAAUGUGAUCUCUAUGUAAUGCCUUUCCUCAUCCAGUUGAAUAAAAGAAAGGAGUCUGUUUUAUAAUGGGAAUUUGCACUGUUUUUUUUUGUCGUCUGCAUUGUAUAACUAUAAAAAAACUAUAAUUUGACAAAUGACCAUAUGAAACUCAUGGCUACAGUAUUGUGUGUAUAUUAUGUCAUAUUACAAUUCAUAAACCAUUCAUUUUUUAUC